AUGACAGCAGCAGAAGCGGGGUGUGCAGCCAGCAACAGCAGCGGCUUCUGCCACAGCGAUGGAGGUGAAGAGGGAACAGCUUCCGCUGCAGCAGCAGGCGCUGCUGCCGCGGCCGCCGCAGCAGCAGCAGCUGCUGCAGCUUCUGUGGGAGAUUUCCUAGGCACUCUUGGGAAGCUGCGUUCUUUAUUGCGUCGUAUGCACUACCCUGCAGCAGCAGCAGCAGCAGCAGCAGGCAGUGAGUGGUGCAGCAGCAGCAACGAGCAAGCAGCAGUUGCUGCAGGAGCUGUUGACGCUCUGCUGCCCAUCAUUCAUUUUGCAGUUUGUGACUUCAGCCCAAAUGUUCACAGCUUUCUUCGGCGCCGCGGCUUCGAGUUUCUUUUCAAGUCUGACAAGCGCUUUGUAGAAGAGGUUUGGAAAUUCCUGAAGCAGCAGCAGCAGCAGCCAGUGGAUGCUGCACAACAACAGCAACCAACAGCAACCUCCAAUGAAAAAGCAAUAACCACAAUAGCGACAACAACAGCACCAGCAGCUACAGCAGCAGCAGGAACAGCAACAGCAGCAACGGCAACAGCAGCAGAAGCAGACAAAGGCGGUGCGUGUGUGCAGCUAGACAGACGCAAAGCCAAAACCCUGCAGCAGCAGCUGCAGCAGCAGCAACAGCAGCAACAGCAGCAGCAGCAGCAGCGGCAACAAGCGGGAUUCGUGCUAGAGGAAACCUGCCAGCUAAGAAAAGCAGCGCCGUCCCCCGCUCUCCGCAGCAGCAGCAGCAGCUUUAGAUACAGGCGGCCGGAUGGAGGCGAGCAGCAGCAGCAGCAGCAGCAGCAGCAGGAGCAGCAGCCGCUGCAAGGCUCCAGCAGCAGAAGCGGCAGCGCUCCUAUACCUCAGGCUCGGCUGACGAUGCCUGCAGCAGCAAAAUUUUCUUCUGCUGCUCUUGCUGCUGAAUCGGAGCAGCGAGCUGUCUCUGCCCUGCUACAGAAUGUCGCCUCUGUAAGGCUGUUGCUGCUGCUGUUGCUGUUGCUGCUGCUGUUGCUGCUGCUAUUGCUGCUGCUGCUGUUGCGGCUAAUACUGCAAACUAGUGUUUGA